CCAAAAUAAAAAGAAUUCGAUUCUAUUUCGACUCCACUGAAAACAAAGUGCCAUAAUAAUGGAAAAUUCGAAUAAUAAUAAUAUUGUUGUUGUUGAACAUAAUCAACAACAACAACAUAUCGAUAAUGAUUAUCAUCAUCAUCAUCAUGUUCAUCAACAACAACCGAUGACAAAUGAAUCAAGAAAACGUAAAUCACAUCAUUUAAUUCAUGAUGAUCAACAUGAUGAUGAUGAUAAUGAAAAUAUUGAUGAUGAAGAUGUUGAAAAUAAUGAUCCAUUAUCAUCAACAAUAACAACAACAUCGACUACGACCACGACGGAAACAAAAUCAUCAUCAUCAUCAUCCACGAUAACGUCAACAUCGUCGUCGGCAGCAUUCAUAUUGCCCGAGGAUCGUGGUGGUCAUAAUAUCACUGGUAGUAAUAAUGGUGGUGGUGGCAUUGUUGGAUCAAAUUUAUCAAGUAUAACCGGCAGUGGAGGUGGAAAUGGUGGUUCAUUUUUAACCUCAUCUUCGACAACCGGUACAAAUCAAACAACAAGAUUAACACCGACAGCAUCAGAUUUUCAGCCACCAUAUUUUCCACCACCUUAUAACCAUAUACAGCAGCAACAAAUUGAUUUUCAUCAUGCACAUGCCGCAGCAGCAAUGGCUGUCGCAUCAUCAGCUGCAGCUGGAACAUCAACAAUUGUUGAUCCAUAUGGUCAUCUGUCCAGUGGUAUUAGUUUUGGAUCACAACAACAACAACAAUUACAACAACAACAGCAACAACAACAAUAUCAACAUAGUCAACAUCAUUCACUUAAUCCACAUCAACAACAACAUAGUACAGCAAAUUUAUCAUCACAAUUUCAUCAUCAUCACCAUCAUCAGAACCAGAAUCAAAGAUCAAAUCAAUUAUUGCAAAUUACUAGUCGAAAUCAUCAACGAAAUAAUAGUGGUGGUGGUGGUAAUAAUAAUAAUGAUGAUACAAAUGAUAUUAAUUUACAAUCACCAAAUCAUCAUCAACAACAACAAUAUAAUUUACAUCAACAUUAUACAGCAACCGAUAUACAAAUGGUUAUUAAUAAUAAUCGUCGAUCAGCAGCAGCAGUCACAACAACAACAACAACAUCCACAUCUACACCAACAUCAAUAUCAUCCUCAUCUUCAUCAUCAUCGAUUGAUAAUGAACCAUCAUCUGUAUCAAAUUUACGACGACCGGAUGUAUUAAUGCAUGGUGCAGCGGCUGCUGCGGCCGCCGCUGCAGCAGCAGCAGCUGCCGCAACUAAUUCUCAUCAUCCUCAUCAUCAUCAUAAUAAUUUACAUCAUCACCAUCAUCCGCAUCAUCAUUUACAUCAUCCACAUCAUCAUCAUCAUCAUUUAAUUGAUCAAGAUUUGCUCAAUUUACAUACAUCAUCUGCAUUACCAUCAUUAGAUCAUCAUGAUCAAUCACAGGGAGCCAAUAUGGAUGAUACAUCAUCGAUUGGUUUAUUUUCCCCUGAACAUCAUUCGAAUAGUGUAAUUAGAAAAAAUGUUGUCAAUGGUAAUGGAAUUAAACAACGUAAUAAUAAUAAUAAUGAUAUGCAUAAAGAUAUGCUAAUUACUUCGGGUUUAACAUCACCUGCUGAUGUUUUCUGUUCAGUACCUGGACGAUUAUCACUAUUAAGUUCAACAUCAAAAUAUAAAGUUACUGUUGGUGAAGUACAUCGUCGUUUAUCACCACCGGAAUGUUUAAAUGCAUCAUUAUUAGGUGGUGUACUUCGUCGAGCAAAAUCGAAAAAUGGUGGAAAAUCAUUACGUGAAAAAUUGGAAAAAAUUGGCCUAAAUUUACCUGCCGGUCGUAGGAAAGCGGCAAAUGUUACAUUAUUAACAUCAUUGGUCGAAGGCGAAGCAUUACAUUUAGCCAGAGAUUUUGCCUAUGUUUGCGAUACAGAAUUUCCAGCCAAACAAAUGGCUGAAUAUCUAUGUCGAAAUAAUUCUGAACCGGCCGAUAUUUAUAGACGUAAAGAAUUAGUAUUAUCCACUAAGCAAUUAUUAAAAGAAUUUAUGGAUCUUUUAAAUCAAGAUCGUUCACCAUUAUGUAAUGGUCGUCCACAGCCAAUACUUGAUACAAAUAUACAAAGAAAUUUAACACAUUUUUCAUUAAUAACACAUGGUUUUGGUAGUCCAGCUAUUGUUGCUGCAUUAACAUCUGUACAAAAUUUUCUAACAGAAUCAUUAAAAUACCUCGAAAAACAAUUAAAUAAUUAUUCAAAUCAAGGUGGUGGUAUUGGUCUUGGUGGUCAUCCACAUCCACAUCAUUUAUUAUCAUCGUCAUCAUCAUCAACAACAACUAAUUCAUCAUCAGUGGCUAUAUCUUCAGCAGCAGCGGCUGCUGUUGCCGCUGCAAAUCUAAUUGAAACAAAAAAAGAAAUCGAAAUAGUCACUAAACAAAAAUGAAUUCAUUCGAACCUCAACAACAACUAAUGAAUCGAUUUUUUUCCCUGCAUAACAUUACAUUAUUCUUUAUUUAUGAAAUGAAUAUUCCAAAAAUCUUGAUGAUAUUUCAUGCCACCUAUUCACACUAUAUAAACACACACACAGGAGAUGCCAAAAAAACUGAAAAUUUUUUUUUGUUCAAUUUCGGUUUUUAAUCAUCAAUUCUGCCGAUAGUUUUUUUUCUUUAUUUACUUUUUGUUUUUUUUUCUCAU